AUGCAGUGGGCACGACAAAAAGGGUUCCGAUGGAAUGAGCCCACGUGUGCCGGAGCUGCUAAAAAUGAUCAUUUGGAAAUGCAACAAUGGUUAAGGGAGAAUGGUUGCCCAUGGAAUGCAGAGACAUGCUCAAAUGCUGCUGAAGGUGGCCAUUUGGAAAUUCUGAAGUGGGCUCGAGAAAAUGGCUGUCCAUGGAAUGAAUAUACAUGUUCCAGUGCUGCUCGAAGUGGUCAUUCGGAAAUUCUGCAGUGGGCUCAUGCAAAUGGCUGUCGAUGGAAUGAACAAACCUGUACCUAUGCUGCUGGAUAUGGCCAUUUGGAAAUUCUAAAGUGGGCUCGUGAAAAUGGUUGCCCAUGGAAUGAGCAGACAUGUGCUGAAGCUGCUCAAAAUGGGCAUUUGGAAAUUGUGAAGUGGGCUCACGAAAAUGGAUGUCCAUGGGAUGAACUUACAUGUGAAGAAGCUGCCUCAAAUGGGCAUUUGGAACUUUUAAAGUGGGCUCAUGAAAGCGGUUGCCCGUGGGAUGUACCGGUAUGGACAUUUUACGCUGCCCACAGGAAUAACCAAAUCGAGGUGAUCCAGUGGCUACAUGAUGAUGGCUGCCCCGGAUCUCAAGAAAGAGGAUUCUAA